AUGACAAAAGCUGUACCAGACACAUUUAAAGGAUUUGCAGUCUCUGAUCCAAAAAAUUGGAACAAGCCAAAGUUGGUAUCAUAUGAGAGAAAACAGAUUAACCCACACGAUGUGGUAUUGAAGAAUGAAGUAUGUGGUUUGUGCUACUCAGAUAUUCACACAUUGGGAGCCAACUGGUCUCCAUUGCAAAGAGACAACUUAGUCGUUGGUCACGAAAUCGUUGGUGAAGUCAUUGCAGUUGGUGAUGAAGUAACCGAAUUCAAAGUUGGAGACCGUGUUGGAAUUGGUGCAGGAUCUUCCUCAUGUCGUACUUGCAACAGAUGUAACUCCGACAAUGAGCAAUACUGUAAGCAAUUCGCUGCAACCUACAACUCAAAAGAUGUAAGAUCAAACGAUUACAUUACCCAAGGUGGUUACUCGUCACACUCCGUCGCCGAUGAAAAGUUUGUCUUUGCAAUUCCAGACGAUUUGCCAUCGGCCUAUGCCGCUCCACUUAUGUGUGCCGGUAUCACCGUUUUCUCCCCAUUGAUCAGAAAUUUGGGAUUGGACGCUAAAGGAAAAAAUGUCGGUAUUAUUGGUAUUGGAGGGUUGGGCCACUUGGCUUUGCAGUUUGCUAACGCCAUGGGUGCCAAUGUCACUGCGUUCUCCAGAUCUUCUUCAAAGAAGGAACAAGCUUUGAAGUUGGGCGCUCAUGACUUUGUCGCUACCAAUGAAGAUAAAACGUGGUACAAGAACUAUGACGACCAUUUUGACUUGAUCUUGAACUGUGCUAGUGGUAUAGAUGGCUUGAACUUGUCUGAUUAUUUGUCCACCUUGAAGGUUGACAAAAAGUUUGUCUCUGUUGGUUUGCCACCAACUGAGGACAAGUUUGAGGUCAGUCCAUUCACCUUCUUGAAACAAGGUGCCAGUUUUGGCUCAUCCUUGUUGGGAUCCAAGGUGGAGGUCAAGGAGAUGUUGAAAUUAGCUGCCGAACACAAUGUCAAACCAAUGAUCGAGGAGGUUCCAAUCAGUGAAGAAAACUGUGCCAAGGCAUUGGACAGAUGCCAGGCUGGUGAUGUGAGGUAUAGAUUCGUCUUUACUGAAUUUGACAAAGCUUUCAAAGCGUAG